GGCGUUUCAGGACCGCGCGCUCUGAACGUCCGCCCCCGCGUCGUGCGGGUGGGCAGGGGCGCACCUGGGACCCGCCGCGGUCCACUGCGACCCCGGGACCUCCUCCCUGUCUCUUCGGAGCCGUCUCUCUCUGGUUACUCUCGGGCUCGUCUUCCCACUUGGAACUCGGGGUAGGAUGGUGAAAUGACUCCAAAGACCCCCCUGCUGACGCGGGACGAAUGCUGAGAAAGGCAGAGGCGACGACUACAGAGCUCCAUGUGGGCAGCACUUGUGGGAGGCAGGCCGGCAGAGGCUUUGGCGACGGAAGUCUGGAACUGGGGUCAGCGGACGAAGAUGUGAGUGUGGUUCUGCGUCUCGCUGCCCUGUGGCCACAGUCUCCGGCCCCAGCAACAUGACCACUACCCAGAAUGGCCACAGGCCCGGUGCCACCGUGACCUGCUCGGUCCCUGAUGCCAAAGACCCGAAGAUGGGGACCUCCCCGUUGUGCCAGAACGGAGGGUGCUGCGGCUGCGAUGUGGAAGCCCCAGGAGCCAAAAUCAGCCCUUCCAAGUUCGUGCGCUUUUUCUCCGUGAAUAGGAAGAGAACGAGCUCAAUUACCGAGAGGCCUCGCUCAGUGGUCCUGGUAGGAAAUUCCUCCACGUGGAAUGCCCUGUCCUCCUUUCGGAAAAUGGGGUCUUUUAAGAAAUUGAAGUCCUCGGUCUUUCAAGGAAUUCAGAAUCGAGAAGGAUCAGAUGCUUCCAAGGAAGAUGCCUCAGAAAAUGAAGUGGGAAGACCCCUUCCAAAUGGUACUGUGAUCGGCGUCCAAGCAAACAGGUCCUCUUGCUUGGGGCAGGGGGGCGGCCCCCAGGAGGCAGGGGUGGGGGGCGCAUCCGAUUGCUCAGACCCCGAAGAAGCAGACGAUACCUUCCAGAGGAGCACACACCGUUCCCGCAGCAUCAGAAGAGCCUACGGCCUGGGCCGCAUCAGUUUGUUCGAUUCUGAUAGACAUCACGGGUUCCAGAGCCCUGACAGGCCCCAGUCUCCUGUCGUUCCGGAGCCCAAGGUCUGUGAAAUUCUAGUGAAAGACUCUGAAAAUAAUCGCAUCAUCUAUAGGAGGAGCAAGAGCACAGACAACUUAAACUUCCUGAAGAAAAGCUCCUUCAAACGGAAGUCCACCUCCAAUCUCACGGAUCUCAAAACGGCCAGUGAGAAGCCAGCGCCCCAAAGAACACUGAGCAGCUCAUCGGCUGACUCGGAAAAAUUCAGUGGGCUGGAGAGAAGGACGAAGCGCUGGAAGAGCCCCAUCAGGGCCAAGGACUUGGACAGAGUCCUAAAACUUGUAAGCAACGUUACGGAUGCUGCCUGGAAGAGAGAGGGUCCCAAGAAGGGGGUUCCAUCUCCUGGUGAGCCACACCCAAGGCUCCAGCUCAACAGCAGGUUGCAUGAUGACUACUCCCGACGGGUUUCCACCAGCACCGAGCAGGACAGAAGGAGAUGCACGCCACCCGUGCAUCACGCAGACGCAGCCUCUGUGGCAGCCCCUGGCUUCCAUCCAUCCGUUUCUCAGGCUCCCCAUAUAGACUCCGAGACUGCUGUCUGUCCUCUUGAAGCCAAAACCUCCUGGGCCUCAGACGGCAUCAGUCCUUGCCUUGGUGAUCCUUCCUUGAGGCCCGUUGCCCAGGAAGUGUUGAGCAAAGAUUCUGAUGGACCCAAACCUCCCAGCCAGGUUCCAGCUGAAUCCGAGCAGCCCCUCUCUCCUCUGAGGCCCACCACCCCCAAGCCCCAGAGCCCCCACAGCCCAGGGGCAGGAAAUGCCAAGCACAGCGUUAAUUUUCCCUGUGCCGACAACCACAGUGCUCUGUCCCUGAGCUCAGUGGAAAGUGAAGAAACGGCAGAAGAUUCUGCCCAGAAGGAGCAGGGUUCUGUGUCCUGCCGGGACUCAGUGCAAACCCCAGGUGGUGACGAAGGCAAGGAAGACAGCGGCAUCAGCAGCUACUCUCAGCUGAGCCUCAGCAGAGCGGCCGGUCUGGAAGGAAAGACGGAGGAGGUGGUUACGGAUGAAGCCUGGAGGAGAACAUCACCGCAAGAUGAAGAACGGACCGAGGCGCAGAGGGUCACCAGGAGGAGGUGGGGUUCUGGGAAAAGGUCAAAUCCUAGACCCCUCUCAGACUAUGGCCAGUGGGCAAGCCGGAGUCUGUCUAUUCCCGAAGACUCGGUAGCUGAAGACACCCGGAAAAUGGCCUUUGUAGAGAGUGAAAACCAGCCGAGCCCGGCGCCCACUGAUGCCACAGAGCAGAACGCAUCCAUCGGCUGCCCCAAAGGAAGCCGGAGGAGAAGACCCAUCUCCAUGAUAGGUGGGGUCAGCUUCUAUGGGAACAACCAGACGGAGGAGAUAGAGGAUCUUCUAGCCCAACCCGCACCCAGGCCUCCCGUGCCAGCUCACCAGGUGCCGCCGUACAAAGCAGUUUCCGCCCGAUUCCGUCCGUUCGCGUUCUCCCAAAGCACACCCAUCGGGCUGGAUCGCGUGGGGCGCAGGCGACAGAUGAGAGCUUCCAAUGUCUCUGCAGAUGGAGGCACCGAGUCUUCUGCCUUAGUGGAUGACAAUGGUAGUGAGGAGGAUGACAGCUAUGAAGAUCUCUGCCAGGCCAACCCCAGAUACUUACAGCCCGGUGGGGAGCAGCUGGCCAUCAACGAGCUGAUCAGCGAUGGCAGCGUGGUGUAUGCCGAGGCCCUGUGGGACCACGUGACUAUGGACGACCAGGAGCUGGGCUUCAAGGCUGGGGACGUCAUCCAGGUGCUGGAAGCUUCCAAUAAAGACUGGUGGUGGGGUCGGAAUGAGGACAAGGAAGCAUGGUUUCCCGCAAGCUUUGUCAGGUUGCGAGUCAAUCAGGAAGAGGUUUUGGAGAAUUCUACCAGCACCCAGGGCAAGGAGCAGGACGAGGAUGCUGGCAAAAGCCGCCACAAACACUCGGAAAACAAACAUCAGAUGAGGACCAACGUCAUCCAGGAGAUUAUGAACACUGAGCGGGUGUACAUCAAGCAUCUCAAGGAUAUCUGUGAGGGCUAUAUUCGACAGUGUCGCAAACACACAGGAAUGUUCACGGUUGCACAACUAGCCACCAUUUUUGGAAACAUUGAAGAUAUAUACAAAUUCCAAAGAAAGUUCCUGAAAGACCUUGAGAAGCAGUACAAUAAAGAGGAGCCUCAUUUAAGUGAAAUAGGAUCCUGCUUUCUUCAACAUCAAGAGGGCUUUGCGAUCUAUUCCGAAUACUGCAAUAACCACCCGGGCGCCUGCCUGGAGCUGGCCGAGCUGAUGAAGCAGGGCAAGUACAGGCACUUCUUCGAGGCCUGCCGCCUGCUGCAGCAGAUGAUCGACAUCGCCAUCGACGGCUUCCUCCUGACGCCGGUGCAGAAGAUCUGCAAAUACCCCUUGCAGCUGGCCGAGCUCCUCAAGUACACCACGCAGGAGCACAGUGAUUACAACAAUAUAAAGGCAGCAUACGAGGCCAUGAAGAAUGUGGCUUGCUUGAUCAAUGAGCGUAAACGGAAGCUGGAAAGCAUAGACAAGAUAGCACGAUGGCAAGUGUCCAUCGUAGGCUGGGAGGGGCUGGAUAUUUUAGAUCGAAGUUCCGAAUUGAUCCAUUCUGGGGAACUGACCAGAAUCACCAAGCAGGGCAAGAGCCAGCAGCGGACAUUCUUCCUGUUUGACCAUCAGCUCGUGUCCUGCAAGAAGGACCUGCUCCGGAGGGACAUGCUCUAUUACAAAGGCCGCAUGGACAUGGACAAGAUGGAGCUCGUGGACCUGGAGGACGGGCGGGACAAAGACUUCAACCUCAGCGUGAAAAAUGCAUUCAAGCUCGUCAGUGAGACCACCGCUGAGGCCCAUUUGUUUUGUGCCAAAAAACAAGAAGAUAAAAUGCGGUGGUUGCAGGCUUGUAGGGACGAGAGGAGAAGAGUCCAGGAAGACCGAGAGAUGGGAAUGGAAAUUUCAGAGAAUCAAAAGAAACUUGCCAUGUUAAAUGCUCAAAAGGCAGGACAUGGAAAAUCCAAAGGCUACAGUGGCUGCCCUGUGCCCCCACCACACCAGAGCUUGCAUCCCAUCCACCAGCGCCACAUCACCGUGCCGACCAGCCUCCCCCAGCAACAGGUAUUUGCCCUGGCAGAGCCCAAGAGAAAGCCUUCACUUUUCUGGCACACCUUCAAUAAACUCACGCCGUUCAAGAAAUGAACCCAUCAUGGCUCUGCUUCUAUUGAGGCAACCACCAAGAGGAGAGCCCUUUUUGGUUCUUCUGUGCUAAGUCUGAGAAAAGUGUCUUGGACCCAGUGCUGAGAACUUCCUUCUGGGAUCAGUGAAGGAGAAAAGGACACGGACACACCUUCAGCCUGCAGAAACCCAGCUGCCUUCUCAGAAGGGCGGAGGGUCAUGACGCAGAGCUCAAACAUACACAAGGCCCCUCUGCGACUCGCUCUGUUGGGAACCAGAAACGGGUUCUGGAAUGAAUGCUGAGCUCACCGACCUCAAGGAGCCACCGGUGAUGGGCACGUUCUUUCCCACGACGCCCAGUGCUGCCAUUCCAAACCCAGAGCAAGAGCACGGGGCGCUCUUUCCAUUCCUAAGGAGUGACUAGAUUAGAGUCCGCUUUGCAGUUGAUCUUGAAGGGAACCAUCGUGAUGGGGUUUCCACAAUCCUGCCUCUCGCUAGCCCGUGGUUGGUGAGACCUAGAAGGAAAGCCGUUAGGUUCUUGCAUCCUGCUAGGGAACUGCUGUGGAGAUGGCCGUGGUGUUCCCUCGUGUCAUCUAAAUCGCACAGUUGCCAAAUGGUCAUACAGGCUUCAUCUUACAAGCUUCCUCUUCCUCCAGCCUAAGGGAGAAAGAACCUGAUGGGAUUCACUCAUCACCGGGUGGGCUGCUUGACCUGCAAAGCAGAGUGACUUAUAUUCCACAGCUGCUGCUGCGUUCGAGAGAGGGAGUGAAAAAUCCUUCUGCCAGCUGGAUUUGUUCUUAAGUCAGGUCCUCUCCUGCCGGGUGCACUCUGUCAUUCCACAAGCAGAAAUUACGCCCUGCCCAGCCAUCCAUCAUCACCUAAGAAACUCUACCAUUCAAGCAUAUCUGUUUGUGGUUUUUUUUAAAAGAAACAUUUAUUUUUAUUGUUAUGAUAAAGAAAAUGUAUAAACAAGCAGAAUUGAAAGCGAUCUUAAGGAGCACGGAUGCACUUCCUCAAUCAGUUGUCUGUGACAACUUAACCGACACAGACACACACAUUCUACUUAGGAGGCGUGAAAGUGUCAGCACCUCCCUCCUGGGGAUUUGAAGCAGACUUCUUUGCAUAAACCCCAAACAGUAGUCCUAACAUUGCCAUUAUUUGCAUGUCAACAGGUUUCUAAAGUUUCAUUCUUUAUAAAGGAGACCUUAACAAAAUACGUAGACUCAAAGAUAGUAGCCUUUUUAUAACCAAGGCCAUACUGGCUGAUUCCUGUAGAUAAUAAUCUCCUUUUCUUUGUCUAUACUGUAAAUUUUGAUGAAAAUUCCUUUUUAAAAUAUGCCUGGCUCUGCUAGAGAGAUGCCAUUUGAAUUUACCCGGUACACUGGACUGGAGUGUAUUGUACACCACAAUUCCUGGAUGUCUGUUUGAGAAGCCCUUUUUGUGUGUGCUAUUCUUGGAAAGCUCUUUCUUCUGAUAGGUAUAUGCUUGAAAAUAAACAAAUCUGUAAUGUCAAAGACACACGUACGGUCAAAGUCUCCAGGUGUGUGGUUCCUCCGAGCUCCUCCACCCGUCCCACCCCCACCCCCACCGGGUCCAGAGCUGUUCCUGAGGGGUUAGACCAUCCUGCAUCCAGAAGAACAAAUCUUGGGUCUCUCUAAUGGGCCUUUACAGCGUUAUGUAAAAGCUACUCAUGAAAUCUCAUUUGUUCAUGCCCCAGGGAUUCUACAUGUGCUUGCUUAUUUAUAGUCAGUAUUGCCAAGAAGUUGUAACACUCUAUGAUUAAUGACCCUGUGGUCGCUGCCGUGGGCCUUCAAGCUGUGUGUCCUGAGAGAGAAGUUGCUUUUAUGAGGAAGAUUCUCAGGAGGUGCUGUGGUUGAGUGUGUGUGUGUGUGUACGUGUGUGUAUGUUUCCUUUCUAAUAGACAUCUCAAUUUUUGUUGCAUUUAUAUAACUGAUCUUCUUGCUAGUAAAAUAUAAUUACAUAUUUUGAAAACUGUACUUAAUAUGAUUUUCCAGGAAACCUCAUCAAUAACCGUAGGGGUCUCUGUGCUAAAUAGAGUUGUUUGUAUGUAUAGAAAUCUUGAACAGUUGUGUGUGUUUUUUUAAUGUUACAGAAGAGAAUUGCUUUAAGGAAAUAAGGAGAAUUGAUUUGCUUGUGUUACAUUUUCAGUGAGGAUUAAAUUCAUGUAGAGUCGCUCAAAGGGCUUCCUUUUACUAAUAUAAAAAUGGGUCAUGAGGAAAUGCUUUUAAGUUCUGUGACCAUUCCUGAUUUAUUUCCCAGCUGAGCCCUAACUUCUGGUUCCCACCUCCACCUCCCUGGGCUUUGUAAUAGAAACACAUGAACACCGGAACAUACUUUUGUUCAGUCAAGUUCAAUUCCACUGCAACCUAGAAAAGCCCCAAGGCUGUCCCAGUAAGUUUUGUGUGGUAUGAGAAUCACUUAAUCAAAUAUUUGUCCUAGGUCAAAUCCUAGGACAGAUCCUAGUUACAUCCUACCUAGAUCUUCAGCUGAUUUUGAAAACUGCUAAAAUAUUUUUAUAAAAAUAACCCAUCAUUUGGAUUUUAUUACUAAAAGCCUGAAUUCUGCAAAGGAUAGAAGACUUGAAUAUUCUAAUGUUAAGUUUGCCAAACUCACUUAUUGAUUUAAGUCACAUGUUUCUCUUGGAAAGAAAAAGAGAGAAAUAAAAGAACCUUCUGUAUGGAUCACGUAUGAAUUUCAUUGGAAAGCUCACUUUCUCUUUCUCUUUUUCACCUUACAUUCCAUAAUAUAGGUAGGAAAAAAUAAAGAUGGUAUAACACUUUGAUGAAUUUUGGCUAUUCUAUCCUUCAUUUGUAUCCAAGAAUUUGCAGCUUCUGGUGAAAGACAGUUAAAAUGGCCCAUGAUCAAAACCAAAGUUACAAAUUUUCAUUAUACUUAAAAUAUAUAAUAACCCUGCAAUAGAUUAUAAGCAAUUGAAAAAUAGAAUAUUUGUAAAAUUCCUGAAUACAUUGCAUUCUUCGUCUUUGGCCUACAAAUUAGAGAGAGGGUAGCAACAAUUUACCGUAGCUUUCAUGGAAUCACAUCUGCCUAGUUAGGUUUCUGUGGAACUAAUGAUUUUUUUUUUCUGGUAGAUCUAAUUUUGUCGUUGAAAACAUUUCACCACCAUCUGCAUGCUAUUUAUGAAUAUUGUGCCCUUUUUUUUCAGAUGAAGGCAAACCCAUGCCUGCUAAGGAAAUCCCAUCACCCUGUAUUGCCAUUGUCUAGAGACAAAGCAAACGUGCCUUUAGUUCAAAAUUCUGUUCACUGUGCAAAUCUUUUGUUAAAAACAUGUAAUAGGCAGCAUUUUGCCAGCUGGAGAUUUCUACAUGCCCAAAUUGCUGAUACUCCUUAAUGCAAACUAAUUUAAUAGCCUAGCCAGAAUAGAGCAGCCUGUUACCUGGAGUUAGGGAGAUCAUUGCUGUAUUAGUAUUUUGAUGCACAGUCACUGAACAGUGCCAAGAGAGUGAAAAAAAUGUCCUUUCAGUGACUUACAGACCAAAAGAAGUCAUACUACCAGUUGACACAAAUCUACUUCUAGUUUCGACUGUUAGAAAACAAAAUUGUUCCUGUAAUAAGCUUAACCUGCAAACUGUUCUCUUUGUUAUAAUUUCAGUUGGCUCAUCUAUUGUCAAGAUGGCAGUGAAAGUGGAGUCCCAAAAACUUUGGAAAAAAAUAAGUAGAUACUAUCUGGCCUCAGGGAAAAAAAACAAACAAAACAGAGGCUUAAAUACCUGACGCAGUUUAUUUAGUUACAACACACAAUUUUCUUUAUUGCCUUUUGUUAUUUCAUGGGCAUUGGCACUGUAUUUAGAAAACCGUUCUAACUGAUUCAGUAAUUUAAUCAUGUUGGUUUUUGUUUUGUUUGUUUUUUUUCUGGAAAUAUUAGCCUUGAUUAAGUAUGAACUGCUUACCUACCUUGCAAGGCUUUUGGCAACGUUUUCCUUUCAUUUUAACUCAUCAACAUCAAGAUGAUGUUUCUGUGUAAGUCAAGGGACAGCUUCAAACCUGACGAAUUAGCUGUUGACGGCUGAGGUCUGGUGUACAAGACUGCUAUAACUUGAUAUGUAUUUUUGUUGAAUGAAGUUUUUUGUAAAGAAAAAUUUACGAUGUUAUUUCAAUGAUUGCUUUUCUUGUAAAUGAUGUGAAUCUCUAUUUGUUGUUUUGUAUCUGUAUAUUAAAAUCAGUUUGCCAAACCAUU